AUGGAAGACUUUCUGGAGGCGGUUCAGAGUGGCCAGUACGAGGUGGUGCGGGCCGCACUCGAAAAUUCUGACCUAGAUCUAGACUACCAGGAUCCGGCGCGUGAGGGAAACAGUCCGCUGCAUAUUGCCACCAUAGCCAAACACAAUAAGACGCGCCUGAUCGAGCUACUGAUCGGGGCGGGUGCCGAUUGCGAUCUGCGUAAUCACGACGACCUUACACCGGCGGAACUCGCGCUGGACCAAGGUUCACAGUACGUGGCGGAGUUUGCACUGUGCAAAGAGCUCGAUGCCGUACCGGACGAGCAGGCCCUCCGCCGGCUCAUCCGACGGGGCUCGGUAGAGCUGUUGAAGAUUUUCCUCGAGAAGCGCGCGUUCGACAUCCACACGAAGAUGAAACUGUUCGCCAUCCUGCUGGACGAGCUGACCGUGAAGGGGGUGCCGGUUGAUCGAUCGAUGCGCGUCUUCCUGGAGUACGAGCUGAUCGCGCACAGCUAUGAGGAGGGCGCCGAGGGCAGCGGUACCAGACACCGGAGGCUCGGUGCGUCCGGUGGCGCUAGCUCGAAACGAAAGGCCGACGGUAAAGUGCAAAGCAGCACGGGCGAAACGGAGGCUGACGGGCGCAUAGAGUUAGUGCUAAGCUAUACCAAAUACUUGACCGACCGGUACGACGAUGACAACCUGAACGAUCUGGACGACGAGUUUGUGGUGCGGCUGAGGGCGAUUUGCGAGUGCUUGUACUAUCUGGACGGGGUGGAAUGUUGUGCCCCCCGGUCCGACUGGAAGCUGCUGAAGCUGAUCCCACUCGGCGAGCUGGCCUAUCUGUGCAGUGUGCUGCUGUCCAUCCUGGAGAAAAGCGUUGGUUUCGAGAUGUACAAGCUGGUGCUAAACAAGCCGAUGGUCGUGUCGUUUUUGCGUGCCGUCAGUGCGGAGCUGGGGACGCUGGUGAAGGCGGGUACCCGCACCGUGCGCACCGAUCGAUCGUUUCAGUGGACACCGCAGCUGUUGCUCGAUCUCAUCGUGUGCAUACGCGAACAGAAGCUGUCACAGUACGUUGGCCGGAGGCGACGCGCCUGCGAGGAGCUACGGCGCAUCGCCACAUCCACGUGUCCGCUCGGGGUGGCCGAGCAGGACCGCGUGCGGGUGGAGCUGGGCCGGCGCGAGCUGAUCGCCCUGCAGGACGGUGUGCUGGAACGCGACAUCAAAUGGGGUGUAGCGGACUAUGUCGCUUAUCUGCGCGACGACCAUCCGCUGACGGUGGGGCAACUUUGGCACCGAUACCAUCCGAAGCUCCGCCUCUCGAAGCGACAGGUGGCGUACGCGGCGAGCAGGCGCGAACUGUUGGCAAAGAUUCGGGCCCGCCGGUUGGACGAGCUGAGCCGCAACAAGACGAAGCUGCUCGAGAAGGAGCUUGGGGCGCGGGAACUGCAGGGCACCCCGUCGGCAAGGACGGUGCGGCGUCGGCACCGGGCCGUGUUCGGGCAGAUUCGGCGCACGUACGACCAGAUCUGGCAGAUGCACACGGUGAAGAAGGUUGCGUAUUACGUCGAGAAUGCGCUCGUCAUCGAUUUGGACGAUCGCUCGAACGCGUCACUUUGUCUGAUGGCGAUCCGGCGGGUUAUACAGUUUAUCGGUGAGGCGUGCAACGAGUCCCAACAGCACCAGAUCACCUUUGCCCGCAUGCUGGCCAAUCUGCUGGACCAUGUGCUAUCGCCGCUGUACUCCACCACGACGCUUGCCGACGAGGUCGGGCUUAGGGAAUCGUUCUCCGCCCAUUGCUCGGUGGGGAAAUAUUUUCUCAACAAAACGCUCACGGACGAACAGGUGAGAACGAUACAGGAACGGUUGAAAGCGGUGUACCGGUUCUGUCUGUACGUCAUCAACAUACAGCUGAUAGAGGCGUACAAAACGUUCCUCGGGACCGCUUACCGGUUGCGCAACACGCACCAGCUGCAGUCGUACGCACGGUACGUCGGGGAGCACAACCUCCACACACUAAGUCACAUCAAGUUCGAGCACGUGUUUUACGACGAGAAGGAGACGGGCCGCAUUGUGCAGGAGCUGAAGAAGAUGUACGUCGGCAUGUCGAACGAGCUGAAGCUGCUGUCGUUCAUCGAGAAGAACAUUCACUUCCGGUUCUAUCACAUGCAGUACCACCAGACGCGGCUACGCGUGACAUUGUCCAACUUCGCCAUUGUUUACCGGGCGCUGAAGGCGAACACGGACUAUGGGUGUGUGCGGCGGUUGCUGCAUUCGUAUCUGCACCAGAGCUACCAGAAGUACGACAUCUCCCGCUCGAUCUCGAUCUCCGAUGCCAACCUAGCGCUCAAGGAGCUGCUACGGCCGUACAGCAGUAUUAGCGAGAACGAGGACACUUUGAAGGUGGUGCGUCAUCUGGAGGAGCUACAGAACCUGAUGGACCCCGACCGUAUGUUUGGCAUCAAUCCGGUGCGCUGUACUAGCGGCCAUUCUUCAUCGGAGGCAACGCGAUACCAGAAGUUUACCCGCCAACUGUUGAAGGACAUGAACGCACCCGCGCUGAACGAUGACGAAUUUCAACAGCUGCACGAUAAGCUGUCCCGUGCGUACUACGGGAACAUCUUUCUGGUGCAGCAACGCUACCACACGCUGGAGGAGUUCUUCCGCACGAAGGGAGUCGUUCUGGACGAAACGGAGCUGCACACCCGUCGGGAGUGUGACGAGGAAAUGCUGCAAGAGCUGUUCGACUCGAAGGUGAACGAUUUGGUGGAAAUUCUGGAGAAGUUCGAAUGUACUGAUGUGCAGAAUUUGUGCGAGGUGAUUGCAGAGCUGCCGCCCGUGGUACAGUUUGCGCUGGAGUAUGGUCUGCGGGAGCUGCUCGAAAUACUCAGCUCCGUGAACGCUAUCGGGCAUUCGAACCGUUGGCACCCAUUGCAGUGCAGUUCGGCCGUCUUGAGCGGUUACAAUCUGAAAGCGUUCCUUGCUGGGGGACGCGAAUCGUUGGUGCUGGAAAGUCUCACACUGAAAUCGAACGCCACCAUCUUCCUGAAUGCGAUCGUCUUCAAACACCGUUCGUAUGAGCUUUAUGGAGGAAGAACGGAUGGCCGGCCGUGUGGCAAAUCGAAACCGAUGGUUGCCUGUUUCGCGGACAAGUUUGCCAACCGGUUGCAGUGGGUGGAACAGCAACGCACGCUGUACGAAGCGAUCCGCACGGGUGAAAUGGAACUGAGCACCUUACGGCGGCAGGUGCGCGAUGGUGCGGAGAUCGGUGGCAAACGGUACGGUUCGUUGAUGCCCAACGAGUUGUGUCAUUACGGUUUAAUCGAUUGUGCCAUAGCGGGUGACUUCCGGGCGAUGAUCGAUCUGCUGACGGAGGCGGACAGCACGGCGGAAUCCGGCGGCCGCUCGUCCGAGCGGCAUCGUCUCCUGCGCUACCUAUCGCGUCGCACAACAAAGUCACACUUCAUAGUGGAACCGUUGGAGCGGAUGAAGGUGGAAGAUCGUCACACGCUGGUGCUGUAUCUGUGCAUGUUCCACGGUGAUGUUGAACUGUUCCGCACACAGCUCGCGCGCUACAACGCAUACGACGAGCUGCAUCUGUUCGUUAGCGCGGACGAUCGCCGCUUUGUGCAGCAACUGUUGGGCGCACUGCCGGACUACGAUUGGAGCCGUACCGAUGCGAACGGGAUGACCAUCCUGCAGAAGCUCGUGAACGCUGGCAAUCAGCCGGCCAUUGAGGAUCUCAUCAAGCGCAUGUCCUCCGAGCAGCUGAACUCGUUGUGCAGCAUGAAGUACAACGCGUUGAAUCUAGCGGCUCGUUUAAAUCUCGUCGAGAUCGUGCGAGUUUUGAGCAGCGCCGGCAUCGACCGGAACGUGAUGAGCGAGGACGAGAAGCUGCCAGUGUUUUGGUUGAUCCAGUACGGUAACGCACGCACCGUCGUACAACGGACGAUCGAUGCGGCAACCGAGCUGACCGCUUUCUCCAGCGAACUGUGUCUGCUGCAUCGGGCGAUCGAGUACGACAAUGAGGAUGUGCUGCGGUACUUGAUCGAGGACUGCAAGGUGGACCCGUCGCGUAUCUACUCGAACUGCAACAACGUGCUACACGUGGCGGCCGGGUUCGAUCGAAGCCGCAUCUUGCGCUACCUGCUCACGAUUCCCGGCCUACGCAAGAUCGUCAACAACUGCAAUCUGGUGAAGAACAGCCCACUGAACGUCGCCUGCAAGGAGGGUUACAUCCGUUCGGCGCGGGUGUUACUCGCGCAAGGCGGCGCUAACACGGAAGCGCACGGUGAGUACGGGCUGAAUGCGCUCGCGUUCGCAAUGUACACCAACAACGUGAAGCUGGUGAGGUGUUUGUUCCGCUACGACGCAACGGUCGGCAAUCCGCUCAGUUCGGACUUUCAGCCGAUCAACAUGGCGAUCCGGAAUUGUAACAUUCGCCUGCUGGAGCUGCUGCUGCGACGCGGCGUGGACGUCAACAGUGCCCCGCUGUGCUUUAUCAACGCGGUGUACGCACAGUCGCGCGACAUCGUGCAGCUGCUGAUUAGCCGGGGCGUGAAGCACGUGAACCAUCGGGACGAGUUCUGCCAAACGGCGCUACACCUGUGUGUGGAGCGGGACGAGUAUGAAAUGGCGCGCGAGCUUAUCCGGUACGGGGCACACAUUAAUGCCAAAAAUCGCUCGGGAAUGACACCGCUGCAUCUGGCCGUACAGCGUGGCAACGUGCGGCUGGUGCAGCUGCUGCUCGACCACAAAUGCUCGGUAGAUGAGCUCAACUAUCACGGGGAAACGCCACUGAUCCGGGCGGUGGUUAGCAAUAACAUAACGCUCGUGAAGAUCCUGCUCAACAACGGUGCCAGCAUCGAGCGGCUACGGAACAGCGAUCCACCGGUGCUGCUCUACCUGGUGCAGGAAAACCACGAGGACAUUCUCGACUAUCUGCUGGAGCACUACCAGUUCAACGCGAACGAGCAGGACGCGUACGGCAACACACUGGUGUACGUGGCAACUCAGCACAACCAUAUCAACAUCGUGAAGCUGCUGGUGGACAAGUAUCGCGCCAAGACGAACCCGACCAACCACAAGAAGCUAACGCCGCUCAUGAUCGCGCGCGUCAAGGAGUACAAGGAGAUCUUCCAUUUCCUAGAGGCACGUCUCGUGGAGGAGUAA